AUGACUAAUGGGACAAUAAUCAACAUUUUAUGGUUUAUUGGACCCAUAUUUGCUGUGUCAUAUUUAUCAUCUUGGUUAUUAAAACGAUAUAUCUCUAAACAUACACUUAAUAAUCAUAUUGAGAUAUUACUUAUUCCAUGGUUUAACUUGACAAUUCUACUAUUAUCUGAUUUUUUAAUACCGAUUGACGUUUAUUCGGAUGGAUCCGUUUUUCUUUAUUAUUUAUGGUUUGCCACAUAUGCAUUACAAUUCAUAAUUUGUUGGUUUUUACUACCAUGUUUAAUAUCAUAUCAUUCACUGAAUUAUUCUACUUACUCUAUUCAUGGUCCAAUAAGACAAUUAUACGGCUCCAUCAUUCAGAACCUAAAAUUUUGCGGUAUUUCUUUGAUUGUUUUAUUUUUAACGUACAUUUUUUCUGUUAUAUUUUUAUCUAUACAUUCAAUAUGGCCAAUUAUAAUAUCACUAUGUCAUAUUUACUCAUUAUCCUUUACAUUGAUCUUAUUAUCUAUGGGGCUAAUAAUCGUGCCAAAAACGUUGUACAAUUCUUUGUUUAUAAAUGAAUCUAAAUUGAUAAACCAAUAUUAUAUACUUUUAUCAAGACAGAAUGAUGAAUUAAAUGAUUCAAAAUUGUACCUAUUAGACCAUUCAUUUAACAUAUUGCAGUCUAAGCCUUUAAAUAAUGGUGAUGUUGAAUUUAAUCGAUUAUUAAAAUCGUGUCAACAGAAAGUUAAAGUAAAAAUAGAUGAAUUGAACUACGAUGAAAACGAUACUGACCAUAGUCAAAAUAAUUAUAUCCUAUUAGAUGACUACAAUGGAGAGGAUUCUGAAAAUAUAUUUGUUCCCAUCAAAAAUAUUAAUAAACUGAAUAAAGAAUGGAAUAAAUUUAUUGCAAAUUUUUAUACUUUAAGAUAUCAUAGAUAUCAAAUUAAUCAGUUAAUUCACCGUUUAGCCAAGCAAUCUUCUAUUAAUUUAGAUUCAACUUUGAAUUUGAAUUAUUCAACAAGAAGUUACAAAAAAACUACUUUCCAGUUAAUACGCACCGUUUUUAUUUUUUCUUCUUUAAUUAUAACAAGUACAUUAUCUUUUUGUAUCAUUUUAUUUGAGAUAUUACCUAUCAGAUUAUCGAACUGGAUAUUUUGGGAACGUAUUUCAUCAUUUCGAUGUUCUAUUCCCAUCACAUUAUUAGUAAUUCUAAUAUACAAUAAAUUAAUAACUUUGUAUUCGAUGACAAUUAUUAAGUUUCAAAAUUUCCAUCUAACACCAAACGGUCAAUCAAAUCCAAUAAAUCUGUUCUAUUUUACAUUAUAUGGCAAUAGAUUACUGUUUCCCUUAUAUUUCAAUAUUAUGACUAUCUUGCCAGAGAGUAUCAUAGAACAGACACAAUUCAGUAAGAUUCUUUAUCAUCAAAUACAGGUGAUACCCAUUGUUAAUUGGUUAAAUAAAUGGUUACCACCAAUAUUUAUUACUACAAUAUCACUGUCUUAUUAUGAUAAUAAAUUGAAAUGGAAAAUUUUGAAUAAAUUUAUAAGUGACGAUACAUUGUAUCAAAUAUUUGGUUGGUUUAAUUUGGAUGCUUAUCUUGAAGAAAAUGAUUUAUCCACUGGUUCAAUAUUUAAUAAUAGCCAUAAUAAUGAUCAUAACAGUGUAGGUGGUAUUGACAAUGAAAGAGUGUCGAUCUCUACAAAUCAUCGUUUUAGCAUAAAUAGUAAUAUAUCUGCACUUUCUACAAUAACAAAAAAUAAUAAUGAUAAUGAUAUCAAUAUUCUCAAUAUGAAUGAUAUUGAAUAUUCCUUACAAGACGGUAAAUAUCUUUUUGAAAGAGCUAUGAGCAAAAGUAACACUAAUAGAUAUACAGAUAACAUUAAUUUUAAUAAUUCAAAUAUAUUUUCUAACGAGAAUGAACCAACCAAAGUUAUUAAAAAUGAUACCCAUCACUCUAGUAUGUCCAAGUUAAGCAAUUAUUUAGACAAUAUAUAG